AUGGAAAACAGCCGGACAACUGAAGGUGGUAACAUCGCAUUCCACAAUUACAUAAAUGAUUUCGCUCACAUAGACGACCCACUAGAGAGAAGAAGAUUAGCACUCGAGAAAAUAGACAAUGCAGCAUUCGGUUGGUCCCACAUAAGGACCAUCCUUGUUGCUGGAGUUGGGUUCCUUACAGAUUCAUACGAUAUUUUUGCAAUAAAUUUGGGGCUUUCAAUGAUGUCCUAUGUGUAUUGGAAAGGUGAUAUGCCUAAUGCCACUGCUACUCUUUUGAAAGUUUCCACGUCAGUGGGGACAGUAAUAGGUCAAUUAGGGUUCGGUACACUUGCAGAUGUCGUAGGGAGGAAGAAGAUUUACGGUUUGGAAUUAAUUAUUAUGAUCAUUACUGCCAUUUUACAAUGUACUACAGGUGAAUCGAAGGCUAUUAAUUUUGUAGCAAUCUUGACAUUUUAUCGUAUUGUUAUGGGGAUAGGAAUCGGUGGUGAUUAUCCAUUAUCUUCAAUUAUUACUUCUGAAUUUGCAACUACGAAAUGGAGGGGUGCUAUUAUGGGUGCUGUCUUUGCAAAUCAAGCUUGGGGUCAAAUUGCUGGUGGGAUCAUUGCUUUAAUCCUUGUAGCCUCCUAUAAACAUGAGCUGAUCGAUGCUAAUUCUGGGGCUGAAUGUGGAUAUGAAUGUAUGAAAGCUUGUGAUCAAAUGUGGAGGAUAUUGGUAGGAUUGGGAGCUGUUCCAGGUUGCUUAGGAUUAUAUUUCAGAUUAACAAUCCCAGAAUCUCCAAGAUAUACUUUAGAUGUAGAAGCACACGUUGAUAAUGGGGUAGAAGAUGUUGAAAAGUUUAUGACAGGGGAGAUGGAUCAUAAAAAUGAUGACAUUGUCACAGCUGCAACAAGAAUACCAAGCACAACUGCCAUGGAACCCGUAUUACCUCCUAAAGCUUCAUUUAAAGAUUUUUGUCAUCAUUUCGGUCAAUGGAAGUAUGGUAAAAUAUUAUUAGGUACAGCAGGUUCAUGGUUCAUGCUAGAUGUGGCAUUCUAUGGGUUAAGUUUGAAUACAGCAGUAAUUUUACAAACAAUUGGUUACGCAGGAUCACAAAACGUUUAUAAAAAGCUUUAUGACUCAGCUGUUGGAAACUUAAUUCUAAUUUGUGCUGGUUCAUUACCUGGCUAUUGGAUUUCUGUGUUUACAAUUGAUACUAUUGGUAGAAAACCAAUCCAAUUGAUGGGAUUCACAUUGUUGACAGUAUUAUUCUGUGUCAUUGGUUUCGCAUAUCAUAAAAUUGGUGACAAGGGUCUAUUAGGAUUAUAUAUUGUUUGUCAAUUUUUCCAAAAUUUUGGUCCAAAUGUUACUACUUUUAUUGUACCAGGAGAAUGUUUCCCAACUAGAUAUAGAUCUACAGCUCAUGGUAUUUCUGCUGCAUCAGGUAAGAUUGGCGCCAUUAUUGCACAAACUGCAUUAGGUACAUUAAUCGAUCAUAAUUGUGCUAAAGAUGGGAAGGAUAAGAACUGUUGGUUACCUCAUGUUAUGGAAAUCUUUGCAUUAUUCAUGUUGCUAGGUAUAUUCUUAACAUUAUUGAUCCCAGAAACCAAACGUAUGACUUUGGAAGAAAUUAGUGAGAAAUAUCAUGACGAGGUGGACCCAUCUGGUAGGAAUAGCAGUAAUAGGGAUGUAAUAGAAGUACAUAAGGAGGGUAGUACUGAUUCAACAUACACAACAUAA